CGGACCCCGGCACCAAUGUGUCUUCAACAAAACCCUAGCAUCACCGGUACUAGAUCUGUGCGAGUCGGAAGCAUGAAAUUUCGGAGUAUGGUCCCGAUGUUCCCUCACUAUUCACGACUCGGCCGUCGACUUUAUCACCGUCAGUUCAACCGUUCGUUUAUCAAGAAGCUUACAUCGACUUCUCGAACGGGGGCUUCGUUCACCGGCGGUGGUGGCGGCGAUUCCCAAGGUAAUACUUUCUUGAUAUCUGGUGCUACUGCGGCUACUCUGCUUAUGCUUGGUGCUCUUCAUGCUCGUAGGAUUUAUGAAGACAAGAAGGUUGAAGAGGCUCGUGAAAAAGGAAUUGAAAUUGAGUUUCAACCUGAUGUAAAAGCCUCAUUUAUGAGAUUGUUACCUUUACGCUCCAUUUCUAGAAUUUGGGGUUCCUUGACUAGUGUGGACCUUCCUGUUUGGCUGCGACCAUAUGUUUAUAGGGCAUGGGCUCGGGCGUUCCAUUCAAACUUAGAAGAAGUUGCUCGGCCUUUAGAUGAAUAUGUGUCUUUACGAGAGUUCUUUGCUCAUGACCUGAAGGAAGGUUCCAGGCCUGUUGACCCUGAUCCACGUUGUCUGGCCAGUCCCGUCGAUGGUACUAUUGUAAGAUUUGGGGAGUUGAAUGGAACUGGGGCCAUGAUUGAGCAAGUCAAAGGCUUCUCAUAUUCUGUUUAUUCUCUUCUUGGUUCUAGCUCUUUGCUUCCCAUGGUAACUGAAGGGAAUAUGCAUGAAGAAAAUAGUGACCAGGAUAGUACCUUUAGGGAGAACAAAAAGAAGUCCUGGUGGAGAAUAUCAUUGGCUUUGCCCAAAGUCCGAGACAGUGCAUCAGCAUGUCCAAUGAAAGGGCUCUAUUACUGUGUAAUAUACUUAAGACCUGGAGACUAUCAUCGUAUACACUCACCAGUUGAUUGGAACAUUCUUGUUCGCCGCCAUUUUGCAGGGCGUCUAUUUCCCGUGAAUGAACGUGCUACCAGAACAAUCAGAAAUCUCUAUAUCGAGAAUGAAAGAGUCGUGCUUGAAGGUCUAUGGCAAGAAGGUUUUAUGGCAGUUGCCGCUAUUGGUGCUACAAAUAUUGGGUCUAUUGAGCUUUUCAUUGAACCUCAACUUCGAACAAACCGGCCAAGGAAGAAGCUUCUGCACUCUGAACCUCCAGAAGAGCGAGUGUAUGAUCCUGAAGGAGUUGGUGUAUCCCUUAAGAAAGGGGAUGAGGUAGCUGCUUUCAACAUGGGAUCAACGGUGGUGCUUGUCUUUCAAGCUCCAACAUUAAAAUCAAUGACGAGCACAGAUCCAUCUGAGUUCCAGUUUUGCAUCAAACAGGGGGAUAGAGUUCGCGUUGGAGAAGCAUUGGGUAGGUGGAAUGAUCCUUAGUUAUAUUUGUCAUUCAAGAUUCUUAAGACUAAAGACCCUGAUGUGUAUAUAUUUAGUUAUUAACUAUUUUGAUUUAUUUGAUUGUUCCCAGUGGAGACAAAAUGUGCUAUUCUAUGACUUUUGAUCAUUCCCUUUCUCUUGUUUUUCUAACCCACACGAGUUUUAAAACUUAAUGAAUGCACUUUUUUCCAA